GCCCGCGUCACGGCUAGCUAGCGUGUGUGCACCAUAUCACGGUAUUUGAAGAGUUUAGCUUUGUAGAGUUCACUGUAUUCACUAGGUACACUUCGUAUUAAUAUUUCAGUAGUUCACAAGUGAUGUAAAUGUCGGCGCUAACAGUCAUCGUCUUUGCGAAUUUAUUAACCAUUUAACUAGUCAUGGUCAUUCAUGCAGCCCAAUGAAAAGAGAUAGAAAAGUAGAGAGCAAAAAAAGGCAAGCUACUUUUAUUUUAACUGAGUGUGGUCGAUAUAACGCUUCAUCCACAGAUGGUCUCCCUCACUCGAAAGUGAGAAGUGAACAUACUUAAUUGGCAAUUCAUAAUGAAAUAUCCCAUCAUUAUCUCCCAGUUAGCCUAAAUGAGUCGUCUGAUAUUCGACCUUUCAGUUAUUUACAGACUGAUUUGGUCACACCUGUAAUCUUGUCGUGAAUGUGUGUGUCUGUGUUGGAAACUGGUCCCUGGGACAUCUAUACUGGAGACAGUAGUGUGCAGUGGUUUUGGAGCACGCUGGCCUGGAUGACCCAGUGGAAACUGUAACUGAUGACCGGACCACUGUGCGCUUUAAUUGCAGCUUUACUUCUGUUGGAGCCAGGCUUAGCCUGAAUCUCAGAUAUUUAUAAUCUGAACAUGCUGGAGUUAUGACAUCAUCUGGAGCUGCUGACCAUGACAUGCACUUGGGGAAGCAUGCAAACUGUUCUCUCAUGGGGACAAUGGGUUGUCAGAAGACUUGCAAGGUGGAGAAACUCCUGAAACAGUCUCAGAGGGAAGUAGUGUGGAGCCAGAGACAAAGGUUAACCACAUCAAAGAAGAACAGCCGGAUGAGUGGGACAGAUAAGGUAAGAAAUGAAGUUUUGCCCCACCACCUCCCAAGAGUGCAGUGUUUGGACAGCUUUCAUGUUAUAGAGGACAACAGCAGAGUUCUGAGACUCAACCCGGAGACCCUGAGCCACCAAACACUAAAGCAAAAGUUACUGGAGACUGAGAUCAGCACCAGAAGGAAGGAGUGUGAAGCACUUGAGGCAGAGGUGAAGAAAAAAAAUCAAACAUGUCAGACUUUGGAGAAUGAGCUUCAAGAUUUCCUCAAGGAGAACAAACACUUGAACCUCCAGUUGUUCAAAAAUAGCCACAAGACAUCUGAGUAUGAGAAGGUGAAGUCGGAGUAUGCCCAGCUCAAAGAGACCCUUGGUGCUGUGACGCAGGAGAGAGAUUUAGCCCUGUGGGAGAGGAACCAGCUCCAAGGCAAACUGGAGAACCUAGAGCAGGUGCUCAAGCAUAUGCGUGAGGCUGCGGAGCGGAGGCAGCAGCUAGAGGUGGAGCAUGAGCAGGCCUUGGCUGUACUCAAUGCAAAGCAGCAGGAGAUUGACCUUCUUCAGAAGGCUCAGGUUGAGGCUAAAAAGGAACAUGAAGGCGCUGUCCAUCUGUUAGAGGCCAAAGUCCGCGAGCUGGAGGAAAAAUGUCGGACUCAGAGUGAGCAGUUCAACCUCCUGUCAAAAGAGCUGGAGAAAUUCCGGCUCCAGGCUGGGAAGUUUGAUAUCCUCAGCACUGAACCCUUAACUUUAUGUGAAUCUCCUGGGUCGCCCAACAAAUCCCUGUCCCAGCUCCUUAAUGGAUUGGCUCCCCCCAUAGGAAAAGGCAAUGAGGCUCCAACAAGCAGAUCUUUGAUAUCGGAGUUCAUUCGACCACUACAGAUCAGUGGAGACAAGCCUGAACUCCUCUCUGUCAAGCCAACAUUCCUCACUCGCAGUCGAGCCAGCAGCCCAGCACGGGCUUUCAUCUCUGAGAUGGACAAAGAACUCAGCUCAACCACGAGGUCCAAACCAAGAUUCACAGGGAAGGUUCGUCUGUGUAUUGCUCGGUACAGUUACAAUCCUUAUGAUGGGCCUAAUGAACAUCCUGAGGCAGAGCUCCCCCUGGUGGCAGGGAAAUACCUCUAUGUUUACGGGACAAUGGAUGAGGAUGGCUUUUAUGAAGGAGAGCUGCUAGAUGGACAGCGGGGACUCGUCCCAUCCAAUUUUGUGGAUUUUAUCCAAGAUGAAGAGACACCCUCUGUCCAGCACAGGGACACAGUGGCUAAAGAACCUGGCUACCUCAACCACAGUAGCCUGGGGCCUCCAAGACUGGGGGUGGGCACAGGAACAGGAACGGGCAUAAGCAGCCUGCUGUCUGACAGUAAACUAGACUGUCUAAGCACCAGCAGCUUGGGCAUGGACCUCCUGGGCUCUUCCAGCAAUGGGACAGGAACCCUGGAUGUCAGCAUUGACGAGGUUGGUGAAGACAUUGUGCCUUAUCCCCGCCGCAUCAACCUGAUUAAACAACUGGCCAAGAGUGUGAUUAUUGGCUGGGAUCCUCCUGUGGUCCCACCAGGCUGGGGCUCCAUCAGUGGCUACAAUGUCUUGGUGGAUAAGGAGGUGCGCAUGAGUGUCCCCUACGGGGGCAGGACAAAGUCUCUUAUCGAAAAACUCAAUCUGGCCACCAACACCUACCGUAUCUCAGUGCAGAGCAUCACUGACCGAGGCCCGUCAGACGAGCUCCGGUGCACUCUGCUUGUGGGAAAGGAUGUGGUGGUGGCACCUUACUAUCUGCGGGUAGACAGCAUCACACAGGUCUCUGCUGAGCUCUCUUGGAUGCCCAGCAACAGCAACUACAGUCACACCAUCUUCCUCAACGGUGCAGAGUACGACAUGGUCAAGGCGGGGGGCUACAAGUACAAGUUCUUCAACCUGAAGCCUAUGACAGUUUACAAGGUGAAAGUUGUGGCACAGCCGCAUCAGGUGCCUUGGCAGCUUCCAGUGGAUCAAAGGGAGAAAAGGGAAAUCUCUCUGGAGUUCUGCACUCAGCCUGCAGGGCCCCCUCUCCCUCCCCAAGAGGUGCAGGUCCAGUGUGGUCAGACUCCCGGGGUCCUGCAGGUCAGAUGGAAGCCGCCACCUCUGACGCCUUCAGGAACCUCCAACGGAGCCAGUGUGAUUGGCUAUGCUGUGUGCACAAAGGGACAAAAGAUAGCAGAGGUCUUGUACCCCACAGCAGACUAUGUGACCGUGGAGUUAAACAGGAUUCAGUGUCUGGAGGCCAGGGAAGUCAUUGUAAGGACGUUGUCAACACAAGGAGAGUCUCAGGACUCGCCUGUGGCCAUCAUCCCGAACAAUCUCUUGGGCUCUCCACGCCUCUCCCACCGAACCACUGCACCUCCUCAACCUAUGCCUCAUCCACAGUCCCAUCCAGUGCACUCACAAACCCAUCCUCCCUACCCAUCAACGUACCCCCCAAAUCACCCUCAGCCCCAGAUGCAGCCCCUGCCUCGAGCCCAGCCCCACACGCUCCCCCACGCACAGCCGCACUCGCAGCCCAUCCUUCACCCUCCUCCUCACCCCCAGCCUCAUUUCCAGCGCCACCCCAUGGCCAAGUCCAAGCCGUUAGUAAGUGCCAGAGAGCCAGAAACCAAAGAGCAUGAGGUGGGCCUGCGGCCAGCCCAGCCCUGGGAGCGCUCACCUUCUCCGCUGCCUUCCAUGCACGGACCCAACCUAGAGCCUCCGCAAUUCCAGCCACGGCGAUCGCCCUCUCCACAGAGGAUCCUGCCGCAGCCUCAGGGAGUCCCCAUCCCCAACACCAUCGCCAAGGCCAUGGCCAGGGAAGCUGCCCAGAGAGUGUUUGCCGAGGGUAACCGGGUUGAGAAAAGGAAUAUCUUUAGUGAACGAGGUAAUGCCUUGCAUCCACUCAACUCUGAUGAGGAGGAGGAUGGCUACGACUCUCCUCAUGCGAGGAGGAGAGGAGCCUCGGUGGAUGAAUUCCUCAGAGGCUCAGAGUUGGGCAGACAGCACCAUCAUCACCACUACAGCCACAGUGAGGAGUACCACACAGAGAGCAGCAGGGGUUCUGACCUGUCCGACAUAAUGGAGGAGGACGAGGAAGAUCUUUAUUCUGAGAUGCAGUUGGAGGAGGGCCGCAGGCGCAGUAUCAACUCUCACAACACUCUUAAGGCAUAUUACAAGCGUCAGGACUUAGCCGAGGAAAGAGACUGCUGGGACCUCCAGCGGGAGGUGGUGAAGCAGAAGUCGCUUCGCAGCAAGCGUCUACACAGCAUUCCCGAGGUGGCCGAGGAGGAGUCGGACAGUGUGGACAGCAUGGGCCAACGCCUGUGCUUCGAAGAGGGCGGGCGGCCGGGAACGCCACACACUCAGCGGAGGAUGUACCCCCAGGACACCCACAUGCACAACCAUCUCACGCCCAGCAAGACCGCCCACCAUCUGCAGCGCCAGCGCUCCUCCCCUCGCUUUACUGACAGCCGCUACUGCUACAAUGCAGACGACCGCAGCCUGGGACGCCCCAACCGCCAGAACACCAAGAGUCCUGACAGUGGUUUAGAUUGUGGCAGUGAGGAAGAAGGCUCUCUAGGCCGGGGUCAUCGAGGGUACUAUGCACAUGGGAGCCCACUCCGGGGACCUGUGCGCAUCAUUCAUUGUGAGGGCCCGGUAGAAAGGCGGGCACUGGCUAUGGGCCGUAAAAGAACCCUGACCCGCCAGUGCAGCGUGGAGGAAGAGUUCUCUGACGUUCCAGUGACUGCAGCCAAGUCGGUACACACGGGUGACUUUAGGAACAGGGAGCACUUCGGGCCUGGUCGAGAGGCCGGGCCACGAAACUACUCCAGGGAAGGGGCCCUGAGCGAAGGCAGGCUGAACGAGCUGGACAGGGUCUAUUACAGCCCCCACAGGGAGGCUAGAGCCCAGUCUUUGUCCAGGCUCAACCGGGACCAGCCGCUGAUCAUUGGGAACUCACCUUCACAUGGAAGCGCCGAUCGUCUGGACAACUCAGGGAGGAGGCCGGUUCACAUCGGCACCCCCCCUCAGCGACGACCCAUCCCAUCCAUUGAGAUCACCAUGGACAGUAACAGUGAGGGGAGUGAGGGGAACCUCUCACCCGUCAAGGAGGAUGUUUACUAUGGCAGUGUAGCUCGGCGCAGGAUAUGGCGAUCUAUGUCCUCAGAGGAUCAAUAUGACGGCUAUGGCGGUCGCAGGCACGGGCGGGGGCGGCGUUCCCCGGAUUACUAUGAGGAAUCAGAGCCAGAGGAGCUGACCCGCGUGUUUGUGGCUCUGUUUGACUAUGACCCCCUGUCCAUGUCUCCCAACCCCGAUGCGGCUGAUGAGGAGCUGCCAUUCAAGGAGGGCCAGAUCAUCAAGGUGUUUGGGAAUAAAGAUACGGAUGGCUUCUACAGGGCGGAAAUUCGAGAACGAGUGGGUCUGAUCCCCUGUAACAUGGUCUCUGAGAUCCAAACAGAGGAUGACGAGAUGAUGGACCAGCUCCUCAAACAGGGCUUCCUGCCACUCAACACUCCUGUGGAGAAGUUAGUGAACUGUGACCGUUUCAAAGAUGGCCGCUCAAUAAAUCGCAGGUCCAGAAAGUCCAAGAGAGAGAGGAACAGGCGGAGUGGCCGUCAACACCCGAUGUCAACUCGGAGAAUGGUAGCUCUGUAUGACUACGACCCCAGAGAGAGCUCCCCUAACGUUGAUGUAGAGGCUGAACUGACCUUCUGUGCCGGUGACGUCAUCACAGUUUUUGGUGAAAUAGAUGAGGAUGGUUUUUACUAUGGCGAGCUCAAUGGACACAAAGGACUUGUUCCUUCCAACUUUCUAGAAGAAGUGCCUGAUGAUGUAGAGGUUUUUCUCACUGAAACACCAUCUCGAUUCCCCCAGGACAAUCCAGCACGGAUAAAGACCAAAAGGGUUCCACUGGAAAAAUCGGGUCCGCCCAGAAGAGCAGCGUCUCCCACAGUGCGUCCACACAUCCCUGGCUCUGGCCCUGCCACCGUGGGGCCCGGCAGUCCCAUCAGGGCCCCACUGGACAUGUACUCCUCCAAAAAGAAAAAGGGACUGCUCUCCAAAGGGAAGAAACUAUUUCAAAGACUUGUCGCUGUAAAAUAAUUUCUUGACAUACUAGAAGAGUGUCAUCCACUUCCUUGUAGUGUUUAAAAAAAAAAAAGAAAAGAAAAAAAAAAUCAAAAUAUCAUACAGUGGACAGGUGGCAUUUGUUAGCUUAGCAAAUGCUUUAUUCUUGUACAUCUGUUGUAUACUAAAAUACCUGUAUUUUGUUAACGGUAUCAGCUACAUAUUUUCAACAACACAUUUCAUAUUAUGGUCCUGAGACCUCACGGUGUCGGCCGAUGCAGUUUUGACUACCUUACCUCCGAGUCUCUUGCUGAUGAAGUUUUGCUAUAGACAGACACUAAAUACACCACAUUAUGAGUCCGACCAGUGUCUCUGGGUUCAGAAAUCAGAAUAUCAUUCAAACAAUGAGGGCUCAGUUAAACCUUGGAGUCCAUUUUGGGUCGGAGGAAAAAGAUGGACUUGGAGGGCCUCGACUCGAGCUUGUUCGAGAUAGCCAGUCGCAUAAAUUGUAUGAGAGGUUUGCAUGCUUUACUUCAGCACAUUCCCUCCUGACCCCGUGAGAGCGCUUGCGAUGUGAUGGGCUCAGUAUGGAACCUGGAACAUGCAGUACUUUAACCCAGCGUGGCACAGUUGCUGUACAGUUUAAUGUGACAAGUCAGCAGAAUUAAUUCCUACUGUUCUGCCCUAUUACAAAAACUAAUAGCGGAAAGUGCCCCCCCAAACACAAACACACACACGCGACACUUAAAAACAAGCACAUCCUGUUCCUACUACAGGGUCUCUGCAGUAAAAUGAGCCUGAAUGGAAAUGCCUAGUAGAGCCAACCUUCAUGUAUUUGCCUUAUAAUCGCACAAUGGUUAGUACUUUGUCCAGUAGAGCGUGCAGUUCCAUGCCUACUAUUAAUUUAUGUUAUUUCAUAACACAAGAUCGGUUUGCAGAUGUUAAUCUUGACUUGUGACGUGCAGGGUAUUGUGUGACUCGUGAUUUCCAUAGCACCAGAUUACACGUAACGUUCAAGACUCCUGUGUUUACAAAGUCCCUCAUCCAUAGUUAAGAAAAUUUUAAAUUUCAGAAAUAUUCCUUGGAAAUUGGAUCAUUCGAAAGGGCGAAAAUUCUCCCUGCAUAACUAAAUUCUGGGGCUACUGAGAAAAUGAAGGGACGUUAUCUUUAUUCGAGUUCAGUUUUUGAUGCCACACUGAUGCACAUCUGAUUUAAAACAAUAACUACAUGGAUUAAAGAACAAAUAGAAGUAAAUAAUCUGUGAUACGGCAUCAGCAAACAAUGUCCUUUUGUUGUACUGCAGUUGAUUGAUAAGAUGUAACACUUAUGGGCCUCACUGGGAGACUAAGUUUGACUCCUUUCACAGCAGUUAACAGUGAGACACAAAGCUACCUCUACGCUGCCCGUCUACCCUUCUAACCCCAAAUCUAUUAGAACGAAAUGUCAAUUCAAGCCAAUCUGUCAUUGAUGCCUGUUCAGUGUGUCCCAAGUUAUGUUGGUGCAAGAUACAAGUACUGUAUAUCAAUAUAUAUAUAUAUAUCUACACCUUAAUGUAGAGUAGUGAAUGUAUGCUGAAUUGAAAGCCAAUGUAUUUUUAAAGCUGCCCAAAAGGAUUGUGCAGAUGUCCGUCUCUGUGCGUGAAAUGAAACAGUCCACCUUUAUCCCCUCACACCGUUCUGUUUUCCAUUUCAUCCUCAUUUUAAAAUUAGCCUUUCUAUAUACUAGAGUUGAACUGAAACUGCCAAAAAGGAAUGUAUGCAAAACAUUCUGUAAUACUUUCUGUACAAUUCUCGGCCGAACAGCCACGUUAACCUAAGGUAACCUGAUGUACAUCUUUUCCUAUUUAUGGACCAUGUCCUCAGACAUUGCUUCUAUUCAUUUUGAGUGACUGUUGCUGUUUUUGUACUUUGUCCAUUUGUAAAAUUGUUUUUAAAUGUUUAUACUUGAUUUUCAAACUGCCUUUUUUGUACAUUUAACUUUAUAAUCAAACAGUGCAAGCUUUCCCCAUGGUGUCUUGAAGACCAUAUUGUUUAAAAGUCUGCAAUUGUGUGCUAGCUUUAUGAUAAGAAUUAUCAGCCUAUAUUGAUGGUUAUUGAUUAUUGUG